UGCUUUUGCAUCAUUGCUAUUUCAACAUUGGGGAAACAGCAAGUUGGUCAUAACUUUUAGGUUAAAGCACCAAUUUACGAAUAUCAAGACAAGGAUUUAAGGUGUAUAAACAUCACGACCACUAUCAUUUUGUAAUUUGUUCCUUUAGCACGACAUACUUUCUACAAAGAUGGCGGCUGCAUCAGAGAUAAAACUUGGACAGAAACUUAAUGAGGGAAAGACCAAACAGAUCUUCGAAAUUGUGAACGAAACUGGUCACGUUCUGGUCCAGUCUAAAGAUCAAAUCACUGCUGGAAAUGCCGCGAGGAAGGACCAAUUGGAUGGCAAGGCCGCGAUUGCUAACAAAACCUCGAGUUCUGUGUUCAAUCUGCUGCAGAAGGCUGGAAUCAAGACGGCCUUUUUGAGGCAGCACUCAGAUACUGCAUUCAUUGCUGCUCAUUGUGAGAUGAUUCCCAUUGAGUGGGUGUGUCGGAGAUUAGCAACUGGAUCAUUCCUUAAGAGAAAUCCUGGGGUGAAAGAAGGCUACCGGUUCUCCCCAGUUAAGAUCGAGAUGUUUUUGAAGGAUGAUGCCAAUAAUGAUCCCCAAUGGUCAGAGGAGCAGCUUCUGGAGGCUCAGUUUUCUCUAGCAGGCCUUACCAUAGAUCGCUGUGAGGUAGACAUCAUGAACCAUACCACUGUGACAAUCUUUGAGAUCCUGGAGAAGGCUUGGGCCACCCAGAAUUGCACCUUGGUAGACAUGAAGAUUGAGUUUGGUGUGAAUGUGACUUCCAAAGAGAUUGUAAUUGCGGAUGUGAUUGAUAACGACUCAUGGAGACUGUGGCCAGCAGGAGAUCGGAGCCAGCAGAAGGACAAGCAGGUUUACCGAGACCUAAAAGAGGUUACCCCUGAGGCAAUGCAGAUGGUGAAGCAGAACUUUGAAUGGGUCUCUGAUAGACUCGAGCUACUAAUGGAGCCCCAGGUCAGUGGACGUGUGGUGGUGCUAAUGGGAUCCACAUCUGACCUGGCCCACUGCGAGAAAAUCAGAAAGGCCUGUGGAGCCUAUGGCAUCCAGAGUAUCCUACGAGUCACCUCUGCACACAAAGGACCAGAGGAGACACUCCGUAUAAAAGCUGAAUAUGAAGGUGAUGCCGUGCCAACUGUGUUUGUGGCUGUGGCGGGCAGAAGCAAUGGCCUGGGUCCUGUGGUGUCUGGAAACUCUGCUUAUCCUGUCAUCAACUGCCCACCAAUCACUCCCGACUGGGGGGUACAAGACGUGUGGUCAUCCCUCCGCAUGCCAAGUGGUCUCGGCUGCUCCACAGUCCUGUCUCCAGACGCUGCUGCUCAGUUUGCUGCCCAGAUCUUUGGGCUGUCAAACCAUUUGGUGUGGUCCAAACUGCGUGCCUCCAUGCUCAACAUCUGGGUGUCUCUGAAGCUGGCUGAUAAGAAGCUGCAGGCAUGCAGCGUUUAAGGCAUCCAUCCCAUCCCUGAGCUUUAACCUGAGAGUAGUAAAAUGUCUGUCCAUAUUUCCUGUCCGAUUUAAAUGUUAUCAUAAUGUUACUAACAAUUUGAUUAAUACUUAAUACUAAAAUCAAUUAAUUGAAUACAAAUGUAUACAAUAAAAUGUACUUCAAUCCCA